AUGAUUCCACUAUCAGAUUAUGAACGUCGCUUUUUGGGUCAACACAAUUCGAGUACGUCACCGCAAAAACUGAUGCCCUCUCAGGCGGCUGGAAGCUCACCCCAAGUAACACCGACAAAAUUUCGUCAAGACGGUGGCGAUCGUUAUAUUCCACUGCGGCCACAAAAUAGCACCGAGUGGGCCACAAGGUUUGCCUCAAUAGCCACAUCAUCUCCGGAUGCACCAAAUCAAUUCAAACGACCAUCGGCGAGUGGUGGCAGUGGUUCAUCCGGUCGACCGUCACCGAACACUCCGGCAGUGAAUAACGGUGCUGGUAGUCAAACACCAUCCGCAGGCACUGGAGCUGCGGCGACGAGUAACGAUGAGACACGAACAGAUUCGGCGGCGCAUCGAGCACUUCUGCGGAAUGAAUUGCUGAAAGACAACAUCGACGAUGUCAGGUCGGAAUUCGACACUCCAGACAUAAGUCGUUCGCAAGAUAGUCCUGGCAGUGGAUUGUUCAAGUUCAGCCAGGUGACACCAACCAAAUACGGUGAUCCAUCGACGAGCUGUUCGAAAAGAUGUCUUUUUGGUGGUCCGUUGAGUGACGACAGUCAACGCCUUCUGAAGUCACCACGAAAACCGCAACGGAAAGUGCCAAAGAAUCCGUACAAAGUGCUGGACGCACCCGAACUGCAAGACGAUUUCUACCUGAAUCUAGUCGAUUGGUCCUCGCUGAAUAUGCUCUCGGUUGGGUUGAGCACGUGCGUUUACCUGUGGAGUGCAUGCAAUAGUCAAGUUGUGAAACUAUGCGAUUUGGGUGCGGAGAAUGAUACGGUCACAUCGGUGCAAUGGGCCGAUAAAGGUGAUCUGUUAGCGGUGGGCACGAAUAAGGGCAUAACGCAAAUCUGGGAUGUUCACGCACAGAAGAAGUUGCACGAGCUGAGUGGACAUGCGUCGAGGAUAGGGUGUUUGGCGUGGAACGCGGAGUUGAUCUGCUCAGGGUCGAGGGAUCGCUUCAUCCUGCAACGAGACAUCAGACAACCACCGCAGUGCGCUGAACGAAGGCUCAAUGCACACAGACAAGAGGUUUGUGGUCUAAGAUGGUCCCCAGACCGACAGUAUCUAGCGUCUGGUGGAAACGAUAACCAGUUAUUGGUUUGGAAUCUGAGGAAGAACGAGCCAUUCCAGACCUACACGGAGCAUAAUGCGGCUGUUAAAGCAUUAGCAUGGUCACCGCAUCACCACGGUCUACUGGUUUCGGGAGGCGGAACGGCGGAUCGUUGUCUACGUUUCUGGAACACCCUAACCGGACAACCACUGCAGUGCAUCGAUACAGGAAGUCAGGUGUGCAACGUGGCAUGGUCAAAGCAUAGCUCAGAGCUGGUCUCCACACACGGUUAUUCAUUCAAUCAAGUGAUCAUCUGGAAAUACCCUUCACUUCAACCGGUCACGAAACUUACGGGUCAUCAGUACCGUGUUCUUUAUUUGGCGAUGUCACCGGACGGCGAGUCGAUAGUGACGGGUGCGGGCGACGAAACGCUGCGAUUCUGGCAUGUGUUCAGCAAGUCUGGACAUCAGAAGACCGCUCGAUCGAAGUUGAAUCUUCUGUCGAGUAUCAGAUGA